AUGUAUCGCCUAAGCCGAGCCUUCCAUCAAAGAAACACCCUACCAAAUCCCUUCCAUACGCGACCUUUUCUCAAACGACACCGCCCAUUCUCCACUCUUCCCCGGCACUCAUCUCCGGGACCAUCUGUAUCUGAAGCCCCGCUAUUCGACCACUACUACGAUGCCAUCGUGAUAGGAGCCGGCGGCGCCGGCCUCCGCGCCGCAGUCGGUCUGACCGAGUCAGGGUUCCGCACCGCAUGCAUCACGAAAUUGUUCCCCACACGCUCCCACACCGUCGCAGCCCAAGGCGGCAUCAACGCCGCGCUGGGUAACAUGACGAAAGACGAUUACCGCUGGCACAUGUACGACACAGUCAAGGGCUCAGACUGGCUAGGAGACCAAGAUGCAAUUCACUAUAUGACAAGAGAAGCGCCGAAGGCUAUAUACGAGCUAGAGAAUUACGGCAUGGCGUUUUCCAGAACAGAAGAUGGUCGCAUAUACCAGCGGGCUCUUGGGGGACAGAGUCUGGAUUAUGGGAAAGGAGGGCAGGCGUAUCGGACUGCUUGUGCGGCGGAUCGGACGGGUCAUGCCAUGUUGCAUGCUCUGUAUGGGGAGGCGUUGAAGCACGAUACCCAAUUCUUCGUUGAAUUCUUCGCCCUUGAUCUUCUCAUGGUCGACGGUGCCUGCGUGGGGGUCAUCUGCCUCUCUCUUGAAGACGGCACGCUGCAUCGCUUUUUUGCGCGAAACACUGUCCUUGCGACGGGCGGUUACGGCCGGGCUUACUUCUCCUGCACGUCUGCACAUACUUCCACCGGAGAUGGUAAUGCCAUGGUUGCCCGCGCGGGUCUUCCUAACCAGGAUAUGGAGUUCGUGCAGUUCCACCCCUCUGGGAUCCAUGGCGCCGGGGUGCUCAUCACGGAAGGUGCUCGCGGGGAGGGCGGAUAUCUCCUCAAUGCGCACGGCGAACGCUUCAUGGAGCGGUAUGCCCCGACAGCUAAAGACCUGGCUAGUCGGGAUGUAGUAGCAAGAGCUAUGAAUCUUGAGAUUCGCGAGGGCCGGGGCUGUGGCCCGGAUAAGGAUCAUAUCCAUCUCCAGCUGUCUCAUUUACCUGCUGAGCUCAUCCGUUCACGGCUCCCUGGGAUUCUUGAGACGGCAUCAAUUUUCGCGGGGAUUGAUAUCACUCGGGAUCCUAUCCCUGUUGUUCCUACGGUUCACUACUGCAUGGGCGGGAUCCCGACGAACUAUAAAGGCCAGGUGCUUACUACUCGUAUCCGCACUUCGACGGGGACAAACAUCCCAGAUGCAGAGGUAGAACCCGUCCCAGGCCUCUACGCAGCCGGCGAAUGCGCCAGUGUCAGCGUGCACGGCGCCAACCGACUCGGCGCAAACUCGCUCCUGGACAUAGUUGUCUUCGGCCGGGCGUGUGCACUCCACAUCGCCGAGACCAACGAACCCAACAUGCCGCUUCACAAUAUCCCACACGAUGAUACUCCUUCGUCAAGUCUAGGCCAAGACUCUCUAUCAAGCCUAUCCACGAACCUCCACGCAACAGGCGACCUCCCGUCUUCUUCACUACGGCACAACCUCCAACGAGCCAUGCAAACGGACCUCGCUGUGUUUCGCACGCACGAAUCCCUUACCACAGGACUGAGUAAAGUAAUCCAAGUGCAGAAUGAUUUCUCCACGCGACUAAGAACAAGCGAUAGAAGUCUAAUCUGGAAUUCGGACCUAGUAGAGACACUGGAGUUGAGGAAUCUGCUGACGUGCGCGGCGCAGACGGCUAUGGCGGCGUUGUGUAGGACGGAGAGUCGGGGGAGUCAUGCGAGGGAGGAUUUCCCGGAGAGGAACGAUGAGGGGUGGUUGAAGCAUAGUUGGACGUGGCAGAAGGACGAAAAAGAGGAGGGGGUUCGGGUGGGGUAUCGGGGGGUGAUUAUGAAGACGUUGGAUGAGGGGGAUUGUAAGAGUGUGCCGCCGGUGAAGAGGAGCUAUUGA